AGCAGGUUGGAGUAGCUGUGUUACUUUCAUUCUGAUUGUUUUGAAGAACUGAAAUUCCUCUUGUGUGCCGCUGAAUGACAUUUAAGGACAACAUGUACUCAGAUCAGGGUUUUCAGGGCAGCAAGUUACUCACCACAAUGGAUAAUCAGCAGAAGAGGAAUCUAACGUUCUUUACCAUCGGAUUAAUAUUUAUGCUGAGCGGGAUAGAGUAUGCUGUCAUUCUGCCCACAAUAUGGAGAUAUCUGCAGAUUCUGGAGGCUCCACCUUACUUCCUGGGUUUGGGUCUGUCUGCCUUCAGCCUGAGCGCGCUGCUCACAGGUCCACUAUUUGGAAUUUGGUCAGAUCGAAGCAAAACUACUAAAUACAUUAUCCUUUUCUCCAAUAUUUUUGAAAUCGCUGGAAACUUCAUGUAUUUUCUUGGCUAUUCAAAGUGGCUAUUGUUAUGCAGUCGGCUUGUAGCAGGUAUCGGUGCGGGAGCAGGCUCCUCCAUCUUUGGUUUUCUAACCCGGAGCACUCUGCCGGAGGAACGCGCUGGUAUCUUCGCAGCCGUCAUGGCCUGUCGACAGGCUGGCCUUCUUGUCGGGCCAGCGUUCAACUUGUUCCUGCGGCUGUGUGAUUUCAAACUGGGGCCUUUUGCUGUGAACAAGUACACGUCUCCUGGGAUCUUCAUGUGUGUGCUGUGGCUGCUGCUUCAGUUUGUGGUCCUGGCUACAUACUGGGACAUACCACCCAUAAGCUCAGAGGAGGGAGUCACAGUAUUGGAGCUGAAACAACAGGAGGUGAAAGAGGAGGAGGUGCCCCUGAUGGGGUCAGACGAAGAGGCGGGGCACACUUACAGCGCUGUCAACUCUGAUCAAGUUGAGACCUCCACCUUGUCUGAGACAGCCCAUGAAGCCUCAAACCCCUUUCAAAACUUCAGCGUCAGCAGAGAGUUCCUGAGAGAAGAAGUGGUCGUUCUCCUCACGGCUCAGUUCAUCACUCUGUUCAACCAGACAGCGCUGGAGACCAUGGUGACACCUCUGACGGAGAACUACUUCAACUUUGGCGAGCUGGGCAACAGCCUGAUGUACAGCCUGUGUGGGGUGGAGGUCAUUGUGGGCUUCUUCUUCGUGCGCUGGCUGAGCAGCAAGGUUGCGGACCGUGUGGUGCUGGCUGUGGGCUUGGUCAUCUGCUGCACCGCCUGUAUCUGGUGCCUCAUUUUUCUCUGCAAGCCCCAAGGUGGAUAUGAAUGGCAGCUUUCAGCCUUCAUUGUAGGAGUUUUUCUGCAGCUCCUGGGGCUUCCCUUUGUGGCUGUGUCUCAGGUGUCUCUCUUCUCCAAAGUCACUGCUGAGAAAACUCAAGGGUUAAGCCAAGGUGUUCGGCGCUCUGUUGGAGGCCUGGCUACCAUCUUGGGUCCUUUGUGGGCUGGUGGAUUGACUAAUAAUUUGUAUAUAAUGCUGGGCAUGAUGCUGGCUCUGCUCGUCAUGAUCACAGUUAUGACAGUCCUGUCCUACGACCGACUGACUGAGCCGAGGGUGGUGCAGUGUGCCCAGAGCUCUGACAGUGGAGGAUAGAGCUGCGGGAUGAAUGACGAGCAGGAGAGGGCGAAGAAGGACCGAGGGGAUGCCAUUCACUUCAGACUGAAUAAAUCCAAGUUUCUUGAAGAGGAAAGUGUAUGAAUGUGAAAUAAAAAUGAUCAAAACUC